AUGGCAAAACGCCCGAGGGUAAAAAACUUUGAUAAUGAUGAACUUGAACUGCUUACACAAUUGUGUGAGCAGCACAAGGACAUCCUUAAUUCAAAACUUACCAACUCCAAGACGAAUGAAGACAAGAAGAAAAUUUGGAUUAUGAUGGCUGCGGAAAUCAGUGCGUUGGGAAAAAGCAAACGGACUGCUGAAUGUGUGAAGACAAAGUGGGCAAAUACAGCCUCGGAGGCAAAGAGGAACUUUUCGGACAUGCAAAUUUAUAAGCGUGGGACCGGGGGAGGUCCUCCUCCAAAGCUGCUUACUCCUCUCAUGGAGAAGGUUGUGGAUCUGUACAAAGAUUCGGCCGCGUUCACCGGCCUGGAGGGAGUUGAGGUACCGCCUCCUCCUUCGGAUUUACGGUCACAGAGGGUAAGUACAAAAUAA